UCAUGUUUGCUGCCACUGGGGAUGGUAAACGGAGACAUUAAGGACAACCACAUCUCGGCAUCCUCGGAGAAGUCCGGAUACGAGGCUUACAUGGGCCGACUGAACGGUCCUCGUGCCUGGCAGCCAACCGUCGCCAACACUAACCAGUGGUUACAGGUCAAGUUUAACAACAGAACCAUCAUCACCGGGAUCCAGACACAGGGUUUGUGGGGAGGGCAUGUCAAGAGUUACAGGCUUCUCUACGGAGAUACAGAGGACGGGCUGUCGGUGUACACAGAGACUGGAUCGGACAGCGCCAAUGUCUUUGAUGCAAAUUCCGAUGGUCCAACUGUGGUGAGUCAUGACCUUGACCGACCGUUCAUCGCGUCCGUCGUGCGAGUAAACCCUCAAGAUUUCACGUCUGCGUUGAUACGUCUCCGAGUGGAGGUGCUGGGAUGUGAAGAAUCUCUAGAAUCGAUCCAACCUGGAACUACAACACCUAUCGCUACAACAGCCCUUUCUACAUUCAAGGCAAUUACGACAGAGGAUGAGCAACCAACUCCCCCUCCGUCUACACAAUCUAGAACUGCUGAGAUGUCAGCGACCACCCUUAGCCAGACUACAACUGCCCUCCCCACGUCCCAGCCCAACACAAUGUUUUCUCAGACUACAUCUUCUCUGUCACCACCUGUCCUGACAACGACACAGCCUACAGAUGCAACUACAUCUGUACCAACAACACAACCAACUCUCCCUCCGUCCACGCAAUCCGAGACAACCGACUUUUCAACGACCUCUCUCAUCCAGAUUUUAACAUCUGGUUUGAUGACACCGACUCCCCCGACCAUCAUAACAACAACAACAACUCUUGUAACGUCAGAGACACCACCAAAAUCAUCACCAGUAAGUACUGCCGUAGAAACUGCGGAGACAACAACAGUGGCAACUCUGACAACUACAGCGCCGUUAACCUCACCUGUAUUAGAGACGUUGGCAACAACAGCGGCUAUGACAAAGACUUCUAUCCAAACAACGACAUCGGGCGGUUCAUCAACAAUGGAGGCCAACACAGCUCCCGUAACAACACCUGGUAUGUGA